AUGAAAAUAUGUCCUUAACUAGGUCAAAAAAAAACAAAGAAAAACUUUCAUGUCAAUUUCAUAAAAAUGCAUAAGGCCGAUAUUAUUCCUGAGUUUCUUGAUGAUGAAAAAUUAAACAAGUAAAAUAAAAUUUUCUUAAUAUCUUAGAUGGACACUACAAACUUUAUAUAGAAGAAAUUAAAGAUUUCAAGCAAUUUCUGAUAUUGUAGUGAUUUAAUUAGAAAAAAAUAAAAAGAAUCAAAUAAUUGAAUAAUGA